AUGAUGAACUUCCGGCAGAGGAUGGGUUGGUUAAGCGUGGCUCUCUUCCUGCUGAUCAGUGCCAUGGCAACAUACUAUGUGUUUGAAGUUCCAGCAUUCAGUUUGGAGCAUGUGCAGAGAGGCAUUCCAACCUCCUCCCCUCCAUCCCCUACCUGGACUAAUCUGCCUUCUCUUCCUGUGUGGAUGUGGGUAUCUGUCUUUUUGCUACCCUACCUGCAGUUUUUCCUUUUCUUGUUUUCCUGCACAAGGGCAGACCCCCAAGCUGUUGGCUACUGCAUACUUCCUGUCUGUAUCUUCCUGUUCUGGAACCGCCGCAAACCAACCAAUCACAGGGUGGCAUCUGUGAUCGACACCUAGUGAAGAGCAGCCAUAGACCAGGACGUAAAACCUGGUGAUGCCACUUCAAGUGUGCCUUUAACAACUGAACAACUCUGAAUUUUAAGCUCGGUCUUCUACCCUGAUUGGACCAUCAUGACUUUCAAUCAGCAAGCCUAGACUUUGGUAAUAUGAAUUUAGAGAAACAUGGGCUUUUUAACUGAAAGAUUAACUGUUGUGGUGCUUACCUUUAGUGUAAUACCUGACAGGUUUCAGCAAAUCACAGAGUAUCCUUUGUGGUACUCUUUGACACAGUGUGGUUUCCAUGACAAUUUUAUUAUUGGGUCAAUAAAAGGAUUAAAACAG